GUUGUAGUUGCUGAGUCAGUGGGUUCAUAUUUCGUCAUAAUAAGGUUUAGUUUAAUGUAGUGACGUCUAAAUUCAUUCGUGGGUCAUCAGACCAGAUAUGCAAGUCAUUGACGAGACUUUUAAUAAAGUUGUUGCUGGCCCUAUUCUUUGGUUUAGUGUUUGAUUGUCCUUUGACUUACGAAGACCCACGAAGUGACUAAAUUAUUAUUUUUUUUACUAAGUGUCAAGAAAUUUCACAAAUUUUUGACGGUGACGGUGAGCAAGACACAAGAUGGAACUUCCACAUUUAGGAACACACUGCAGCGAAGACAACUGCCGACGACUUGACUUCUUACCUGUAAAAUGUGACGGAUGUUCAAAAGUAUUUUGCGGUGACCACUACUCGUAUACUGGACACAAUUGUCCUGUCGCUUAUAAGAAAAACGUCCAGGUUCCAGUAUGUCCUUUAUGUAAUGCCCCUGUGCCUGGAAACCUUAACGAACUGCCAGACAUUAGAGUUAGUCAACAUAUUGACAACGACUGCAAAUCAGAUGCAGCUAUUGGUAGACGUCAGAAAGUGUACACGAAUAGAUGCACAUUUAAAACUUGCAAGAAAAAAGAAAUGAUUCCAAUUUUAUGCGAUACCUGCAAUUUAAAUUUUUGCCUAAAACAUCGCCAUCCUCAAGAUCAUGAAUGUACAAAAAAUUGUGGAAAAUCUCUAGGAAAAGCUGGACAAGCUGCUUUAGCAAGAACGGCUGCUGCCUCAUCAUCGUCAUCAAGAAAUCAACAAUCAAUUGUCACCCGUGUUUCUAAUGCUACAUCAUCCGCUGCAAACGGUUUAAGUAGAGCUAUGGGUUUCCGACCUGCAGCUGUACAAGGAAAUUUGUCUGACGAAGAAGCAUUUCAACUGGCUUUGCAAGCAUCUCUCAAUCCCAACGCCACUGUUCUACCUGUUCCCAAUCAUACCAUUACUCAAGAACAGGAAGACUUUUUACUAGCAAAAGCGAUUGCAGAAAGUGAAGCCGGAGUUGUUGGUGAUGUUUCUGCAACGAAUCGAGGGCGCAGAAGUCAACCCAAUUGUGAAAUAAGCUGAAUUGCUGUCCAAACGAGUUACUUUACAUAACGAUAGAGCUCACAACAAUUCGGAUAGAACCGAAAUUGUUUCAUUUGACCACCAUUGUUAUAAUUAAGCCUUUAUGCUAUUAUGCUAGAUAAUAUAUAUGCGUGCAAUACAUAAUAUAGCCUGACACUCUCCAAGAAAGAUUAUUCACCACCGCACGAUAUUUUUUACCCAUCUGAAAUUUAUUAUUAGGUAUACUCUCACCAAAUUGUGCAUUCCGACCAAUCCACUUGGAUUCGAUCCAAUAGUAAAUGCUAUUGUACAAUACAUACAAAUUUUACAAAUAAAAUAUCUUUGAUUAUA